AUGUCAGAGCACCAGCACCCUGCCACUGCACAGCUGAUACUCCACGGACAUCGGAGGUUGGUGGUUAGUGGUCACAAUCAGUCCAUGCAGCUGACUGGCCUGGUGCUUGCAGAUAUUGGAGGUGUGAUUUGUAGAUCAUGCAACCUUUCACUCCCCUUCCAUGGAUGUCUUUUAGACUUUGGAACCUGCAGAACAAAACCUGGUCAGUACUGUAUAAAACAGAUCCACACUAGAGGUGGAAUUCACUGGUUUUCAGUUAAAGGCUGCACGGAGAGCGGCAAGGAGUGCUUCAGGCGAGUGGUGACACAUCAGAACAGUCAGAUUACUCACUGCUGUUAUCGUCCUAUGUGCAAUCUCUGA